AUGAACGAAAAAAAGUUCAAGAAGCAACACGAGGCAGCAAGAAAAGAUGUGGAAAGGGCUUUUGGUGUUUUGAAGUUAAAAUGGAGUAUAAUGAAUCGGCCAAUGCGUGCAAAGAGUGUGAAAAAAAUUAGGUUCGUCGUGUAUACGUGUAUUAUUUUACAUAACAUGAUUUUAAAAGACGACGGAAACACAAUAGCACCGGUACACAUCCGGGAUCCUCCAGUCGAGCCCGCACUUGAUGACAGUGUCUUAGACGAGCUUAUGGAUGAAGAUAUGCAUUGGAGACUAAAACAUGAUCUCGCUGAGCAUCUCAAAAGAAUGGAUUUGCCACACCUAUUGGUGGAUUCCGACGAAGAGUAG